CGAGAGAAUACGGACUCCAUUUUGUGUCCUUCUCGCUGUUUUUAAGAGGCAGUAAGCAGCAAGACAAUCUCUCCGAAGAAAAAACCCCACAAAGACAUCCUACAGCCAGAAUGAGUGGCUGCCGCAUAUUUGUCGGCCGGUUAAACCCGUCCGCCAGAGAGAAGGACGUGGAGAGAUUCUUCAAAGGAUACGGCCGCAUCCGAGACAUCGACCUCAAGAGAGGCUUUGGUUUUGUGGAGUUUGAUGAUCCUAGGGAUGCUGAGGAUGCAGUUUAUGAGUUGGAUGGCAAGGAGCUCUGCAAUGAGAGGGUGACCAUUGAGCAUGCUCGUGUGCGCCUGCGUGGUGGGCGGGGACGUGGUGGUGACAGAGGAGGAGGAGGAGGGGGAGGAGGAGGAGGAGGCCGCUUCCCAGAUCGCUAUGGCCGUGGCUCCCAGGAUAGUCGGAGGACCAACCAACCAAGUGGACAACCGGCAGAUAGGAACCCCCCGCCGAUGCGUACGGAGAACCGUCUCAUCGUGGAGAACCUGUCAUCUCGCGUCAGCUGGCAGGACCUGAAGGAUUUCAUGAGACAGGCUGGGGAAGUCACGUUUGCAGACGCCCACCGCCCCAAGCUCAACGAAGGAGUGGUUGAGUUCGCUUCUUACAGUGAUCUGAAAAACGCCCUUGAGAAGCUGUCUGGCAAGGAGAUCAAUGGAAGGAAAAUCAAGCUGAUUGAGGCAGCAAAGAAGAGGGGUUCCAGGAGUCGUUCCCGCUCUGAGAGCUCUUCUCGUUCCCGCUCCCGUUCUCGUAACCGUUCCCCGUCCCGCUCCAGGACCCCCCGUCGUUCCAGGUCCCACUCCCCCAAAUCCCGCUCCCCCAAGAGGGACUACAACCGCUCUCGUUCUCGUUCCCACAGCGGCUCCCCAGCCCCCCGUGCUGCUGCCCCUGGCUCCCCACCUCCCAGGGCCAAAGAGACCUCUUCCUCCUCCUCUAAACGGCCCUCCAAGCCCAGCAAGUCUGCCUCCCCCCACUCCCCUCCCCCUGCACAGCGUGCACCUUCCAGGUCUCCUUCCAGGUCUCGUGGCUCUCGCUCUCCGUCUACGGACAGCCGCCACUGAGUAUUGAGAACACCUAACGCAGGAGUAUACACAUUUUUAAAUGAACACACACCUAGUACAUAAAUACUCACAUUCAGACAAAUGUGAACACACACUAACCCCACUGUUAUAGUAAGACGACAGGGCAGGAACUGUUUUACCCAGCGGUUCUUGCCUGGUGUCCCUGUAUUUUCCCUCUGUUUCCUCCCUCCAACCCCCUCUUCUCUUCUGACAUAGCUGACCUUUGACCUACUUUUGUAUGGUGGGUGUUCUCAGUAGAAGCAUGUCUCUUGCUGUGAACACAAUGAGGGCUUUGUUUUCAAUUUGAGCAUCGAGUUUAAAGCCUUCUGGGGUUUUGUUUUGGUUAGUAUUUUUAUUUGUAAUAAUGGAUGUAAUUCUUGGUAAGGUAUUACAUUAUUUUUUUAUCAUUCAAGGCUCGUGUGGUGACUCCCCCUCUGCCGGCUUUUGGUUGUCAGCUCUGAUAUCAUGAGCUGUUGAGAAUUAAAGUCCCGUUCCAUGAUGGCUAUGAAUGUGAUUGGCUUAGGUUUUGGGUCGAACCAUUCUGAUCUCCAAUGUGGGGUUCGUGUAAAGUAACCUUUUUGGGAUUUGAUUAGUUUUAUGCUGUGAUUAUUUUAUUGAAUGCCAUUUUUUCUUUUUGGGGGGUGUAUCAGAUUGUGAUCUGUUUUUUUUUUUGUGGCGGCAGUAAAGGUGUUUUAUCCUCAGUUAAGACGCCUGGUGAAAACAUUGUGGCAGGCUGUGUUAUUAUUUAACCCGUUUUGUAUUGAAGGUUAAACAGUUGGUUAGGGUUAGAUGCACACCGCCAUUAACCCAUUUAUAUUGAAUGUUUAAACGGAGUGGUUGUCUGUAUCUGUACUCUUUGUUUCUAUAAAGCAUUAUACACGUUUCUUUUCACAAUGUAUUGUAAUGAAGCGUCGACACAACCUAGAGAAUAGUUUGGAAAAUAACUAUUUUUCAUGCUAAAUUAAGUGUUUUUUUUCUCUCUCCGUGUUCAAUAUAAGGGUUGUAUUUGUACUUAAUUGAAAAAGAACAAGACACAGCAAACGACAAAUGAGAACAGUUUUAAAUAAAGCGUCCAAGACAUUUUGUAUGUCAGAACUUGAGAAUAAAGUUAAACUUCCACAAAGA